CUGCUAUCGUAGAUUAUAUUCAAAGCUAUUAUGUACUACCGACUAUAAUCAAAGACCUGAACCUUUCCGUAUUGAUUAUUUCGAGAAUAAACAAUACAAACAUGCACGAUGGGCUUAUUUAAAACACUUGCCGUUUUCUUACGCAUCAAAAAAAAGGAAGUAAAUGUGCUCGUUAUAGGUUUAAAUAAUAGCGGAAAAUCGACGAUAAUUAAUCAUUUUAAAGAUGAAGAGGAUAAACAGUCUGAGAUAGUCCCCACUGUAGGAUUUAAUGUAGAAAAAUUUCAAAACCAAAGUUUAUCAUUUACCGCGUUUGACAUGUCAGGGCAUGGCAGAUAUCGCGAUUUAUGGGAACAUUACUAUAAAGAUUGCCAUGGUAUAGUGUUUGUGAUCGACAGCAGUGACAAACUUCGUUUGGUCGUAGUAAAGGACGAAUUGGAUCUGUUGCUUCAACACCCUGACAUUUGUAAUCGUAAAAUACCAAUAUUAUUUUUUGCAAACAAAAUGGAUUGCAAAGAAUCUUUAAGUAGUGUUAAAAUUGCGGCAGGUCUAGGACUAGAUAAGAUAAUGGAUAAACCUUGGAAUAUAUCGGCAAGUAAUGCUUUAACGGGCGAUGGUCUUAACGAAGGUGUUGAGUGGUUAACUCAACAAAUACGUGAUACAAUAGUAAAUAGAAAUUAAAACACAUUCAAUUUUUUACGUAUUUACCUACCUUGGUACUUACCAUAGUUCACUUGUAAUACCUAAUAUAUUGUAAUAAAAUUAAAUCUCAACACCGCAGAAACGCUGUAUGAUGGUGUUUUCAAUUU